CGAUUGCAGAGUAGAGAAAGCGUGAUCCCUUAAUGAUUUUUCUAAAUUAUAUUUUGCUGGCUUGACUCCAUUGGAAACUUAGAUUGAGUCCAAGACCCAUCCAUCAGUUUGGCAACGACAAUCGAAUUCGAUCUCCAUUUCAUUUCCUCUGGUAGCAGCAAUCAUUAAUUAGCUCGCUCUUGGACUCCAACCGACAAAACUAUUUUCUGCGUGACUUUGAGCCCGUGGGCCUAGACUAGGGCACAAUAGUGGAUUAAUAUCUUAGUAUCACGAGAGACUGUGUAAGAAGCGAGGCAGCCCUAAAUUUCCUAAUCGAUCAUGUCGCCGAAAUUGAGAUCGAUCUUUGCUCAGGUACAUCGAAAAUCGCUAUCGAUGGGGUCUCGCCGGGGUUUCUCUUCUUCUUCAUCCGCAGUUUCUUCUUCGGAGGCGAAAUUUGCUGAGUGGGACAAGCUUUAUACCUUCGGCGGUUCGUUUAAGCUUGGACUCUUUGCUUCUGCAUCUUUUGUGGUGUACAAGGUUUAUAAUAACUACUACCCCAAGUUGCUGAUAAGAAAGGAAGAACAUAAACGCUUGUUACAACGUCAUAGUGAACUGAGGGCGCAGGUAGGGCUGGAUCUCGAUAUAUGAACUCUGAAGCAAUAUGUCUUAUUCUGUUUGUGAUGAAGAGGGAUUCCUAAUGUUUUCUUCAUACAAAGUAAUGUUAUGUGGUUGCUGUCCUAAACUAAUCCAUUCAGUUAUGUGUGAAACUUUUGUGGCCUUGGUCUUUUCCUAAACUCUCCUUAAUAACA